ACCUCUUUGAUUUGUGAAUGCGGAAAUUAAGUCUAUAUAAGGCGUCGUGAGGAGUGUCGUGGGGAGCAUCUCAAAGCUCGAAUUCCUCAAGUCAAGAAAAACAAAAUUCCCACUAUGAAGUUUAUUUCCACCCUGCCAAUGAUUGCACUCUUUGGAGUUGCUGCCGUUUUAGCAGCCCCAGCAGCCCCAGCAGCCCCAGCAGCCCCAAGUGGUCUGACUGCUCCGUCUGGAAAUAAGCUCGAUGACAUCAUGGACGCUCAUCACGACGCCGAAUUCUCGAAGCGUGGAGACAGUGAUGAUAUGAUAGAGAAGCGUUGGUUCAACAAGUACCUCAAGCGCAGCGAUGCUGUCGACGACCAAAGUGAGAUUGAUCAUGGUGUCGAAAAGCGUUGGUUGAACAAGUAUUUGUGAGAAGUUCCUAUCCGAUUAACGCCUACUUUCGAACGCUGAAUCUAUGAUUUACCAGAGAUUGAAAUCAUUGAUGUCUUCAUCGUUAAAUUAUCCUUUUUCAGGUAGUCUACAUUUAGAAAAGAUGUGCCGCACUUGUGCCACAUUUGUUUAGAUGUUAUUGCAUUUAUUUUGAAUAUACGUAUAUUGCUU